AAUGAAAAUCCCGGUUGGACUUCUCCUCUGCCGCUCUUCUCACUAUCAUUUUUUUCUCUCUUACCUGUAGAUCAUCUAGAGGCGAUGCAACCUCACAGACUCUGAUUCGAGUGUGGGGGGAGGGGGGAGAGAGAGAGAGAGAGAGAGCAUGGAAGAGGGUUUGUUGGCGAAAGAGAGAGGAGACAGAGGAGAGGUAUUGAGAUGGGGUGUUUUUGUGGAAGAAGUGAAGCGGGUAGGCUUCAUAGCAGGGCCGAUGGUGGCGGUGACCGUGUCUCAGUACUUGCUGCAAGUCAUAUCGGUGAUGAUGGUUGGUCAUCUCGGUGAACUCGCGCUCUCUAGCGCCGCCAUCGCCAGCUCCCUCACUGGCGUCACCGGCUUCAGUCUUCUGCUUGGAAUGGCAAGUGCAUUGGAGACUCUAUGUGGACAAGCCUAUGGUGCACAGCAAUAUAGAAAGCUCGGAAGUCAUACUUAUGGAGCCAUUCUGUCUCUCAACUUGGUUUGUGUCCCCCUCUCUCUCAUAUGGGUCUCAAUGGGAAAAUUACUAUCUCUCAUCGGUCAAGACCCUGCAAUCUCAAGGGAAGCUGGUAAAUAUACAAUCUGGCUCAUCCCUGCACUAUUCGCUUAUGCCACUCUUCAACCUUUGAUCAGAUAUUUUCAGGCUCAGAGUAUGCUUCUUCCCAUGCUCUUGAGUUCUUUUGUAACUCUACUUCUCCACAUUCCUCUCUGUUGGACUUUAGUAUUUAGGUCGGGGUUAGGCAACGUUGGGGCUGCAUUGGCAAUCAGUAUAUCAUAUUGGUUGAAUGUGAUCUUCCUUGUGUUGUACAUGAAGUUCUCUUCUUCAUGUGGGAAAACCCGGGUGCCACUAUCCAUGGAAGCAUUCCGAGGCAUAGGAGAGUUCGUCCGCCUUGCUGUCCCUUCAGCUGUGAUGAUUUGUCUGGAAUGGUGGUCAUUUGAGCUGCUUGUCUUGCUGUCUGGGCUGUUGCCAAAUCCAGAACUUGAAACUUCAGUGCUCUCUGUAUGCCUCACCACCAUUUCCUUGCUCUACACCAUUCCCUAUGGAGUUGGUGCUGCUGCCAGCACUCGAGUUUCAAACGAAUUAGGAGCUGGGAACCCACAAGCAGCUCGUACCGCUGUUUGUGCUGUGAUGUUUCUCUCACUAACAGAGACAACUAUCUUAAGCACAUCCCUCUAUGCUGGGCGGUACAUUUGGAGUUAUGCUUACAGCAAUGAGAAGGAAGUAGUAAAUUAUGUAAAAGGAAUGGCCCCUCUGAUCUCAAUGUCAGUUGUCAUGGAUAGCCUACAGGGGGUUCUUUCAGGUGUUGCUAGAGGAUGUGGGUGGCAGCAUAUUGGAGCCUAUGUCAACCUUGGAGCUUUCUAUCUUGCUGGGGUUCCAAUAGCAGCUUUCUUGGGUUUCCGCACACCUUUAAGAGGAAAGGGCCUCUGGAUUGGAAUACUGACUGGGUCUACUUUACAAUCAGCUAUGCUAUCCCUCAUUACAAUUUUCACAAAUUGGGAAAAGCAGGCAAUCAAGGCAAAGGAGAGGAUAUUUGAAGGGAGAUUUUCGAUAGAGAAUGGAUUGAAUUGAAUGAGAACGAUGACUGAUCAACCAUUUUCCAACUUUUGAAAUUCUAUCUUUCAACACAAUUUUGAAUGAAUAGUAGUACUCUCUCAGCCGUGAACCAUUAAGAUUCUGAUUAGUGGUUGUGACAUGGUGUGUAACGUGAUGUAAGGAUUAAUUUUUAAUACAAUGUUAAUAUUUUCACAGGUAA